UUUUGUGACAUAAAAGUGUUCGUUUCUUGUUGCUAAUUAAUUUUAUCCAAAAUCUCUCGAAAGAAGCUCGCAUUUCGACAUCCGAGGUGUGAUUCUUCUGUGCUGAUUAUAUAUAUAAGCAGAGGUUUUGGUUGUAACUUGGGUCUCUAAUUCGAGAAGCUUAAGCGAAACAAAGUCUUUUGUCAAGGAUAAAUUCGAAGAAAAAGUUUAUCGUUAGAGACUGUUAAUAUCGUGUGACAAGAUGACGAUUACGCCAAAGAUCUCUAUUGAUAAUGGAAACCUUGUGGUUCAUGGGAAAACUAUCCUUAAGGGAGUUGCAGAAAACAUUGUGUUGACUCCAGGUUCAGGGUCAGGGCUAAUAACUGGUGCAUUUAUUGGUGCAUCAUCUUCAAAUAGCAAAAGUCUUCAUGUUUUCCCAGUGGGAGUCUUAGAGGACCUACGAUUUAUGUGUUGUUUCCGUUUCAAGCUAUGGUGGAUGACUCAAAGAAUGGGAACAUGUGGAAAGGAUAUUCCACUAGAGACACAAUUUAUGCUUGUGGAGAGCAAGGACAACAAUGAUAACAGUCCCACAAUCUAUACCGUAUUUCUUCCACUCCUGGAAGGCCAAUUCCGGGCUGUUCUUCAAGGCAACGACAAAAAUGAACUAGAGAUUUGCCUUGAGAGUGGGGACCAUGCAGUUGAAACUAACCAAGGGCUUAACCUUGUCUAUAUGCAUGCUGGAACAAAUCCCUUUGAGGUCAUUAACCGGGCUGUCAAGGCUGUGGAGAACCAUAUGCAAACAUUUUAUCACAGAGAAAAGAAAAAGUUACCCGGAUUACUUGACUGGUUUGGCUGGUGCACAUGGGAUGCGUUUUACACUGAAGUCACUGCAGAGGGAGUUGAAGAAGGUCUCAAAAGUUUAUCAGAAGGAGGGACUCCACCACGGUUCUUAAUCAUAGAUGAUGGUUGGCAACAGAUUGGUAACGAGAACAAGGACUCUAAUGUUGUUGUACAAGAAGGGGCACAGUUUGCAAACAGAUUAACAGGAAUCAAAGAGAAUGAAAAAUUCCAAAAGAAGAAAGAUGACCAUUCCCCGGGAUUAAAGCAUGUCAUAGAUGAAGCCAAGGAAAAUCAUAAAGUGAAGUACGUAUAUGUUUGGCAUGCUCUUGCAGGCUACUGGGGCGGGGUCAACCCAAGUGUGGCUGGGAUGGAACAUUAUGACCCGACUAUGGCAUACCCGGUUCAAUCACCAGGUGUAAAGGGGAACCAGCCAGACAUAGUCAUGGAUAGUCUUUCGGUCCAUGGUCUGGGUCUGGUGCACCCCAGAAAGGUUUUCAACUUCUACAAUGAGCUUCAUGCAUACCUUGCUUCAUGUGGAGUUGAUGGAGUCAAAGUCGAUGUUCAAAAUAUAAUUGAAACUCUCGGGGCAGGUCAUGGUGGUAGAGUUUCUCUUACACGGAGCUACAUCCAGGCUCUUGAAGCUUCGAUUUCAAAGAACUUCAGAGAUAAUGGAUGUAUUGCUUGUAUGUGCCAUAAUACUGAUGGGCUCUACAGUGCUAAACAAACUGCAAUUGUUAGAGCCUCUGACGACUUCUAUCCUCAUGACCCUGCUUCUCAUACAAUCCAUAUUUCUUCCGUGGCUUAUAAUACACUAUUUCUUGGGGAAUUUAUGCAACCUGAUUGGGACAUGUUCCAUAGCCUUCAUCCAGCUGCUGAUUAUCAUGCUGCAGCCCGAGCUAUUGGUGGAGGUGCCAUUUAUGUUAGCGACAAGCCUGGCAACCACAACUUUGAUCUAUUAAAGAAGUUGGUCCUUCCAGAUGGGUCAGUGCUUCGUGCCCAAUUGCCCGGAAGACCAACGCUCGAUUGUCUUUUUGCUGAUCCAGCUAGAGACGGGAUCAGUCUGCUUAAGGUUUGGAAUGUGAAUAAGUGCACAGGUGUAGUUGGUGUAUUCAACUGCCAGGGUGCCGGUUGGUGCAAAGUUGAAAAGAAAACCCGUAUCCAUAAUGCAUCUCCUGGCAUUCUUACUGGUUCUGUUCAAUCCACUGAUGUGGACUCCCUAAGUCAGGUAGCUGGUCAGGACUGGCAUGGGGAAACGGUGGUGUAUUGUCAAAGAUCAGGCGAGAUAAUUCGGUUACCAAAAGGUGUAUCUGUACCUGUAACACUCAAGGUCCUCGAGUAUGAACUAUUCCAUUUCUGUCCUCUAAAGGAGGUAGCAGAUAACAUAUCAGUUGCACCAAUAGGUUUGCUCGACAUGUUCAAUAGUGGCGGCGCGGUGGAGCAAUUUGAAGUCCACGCAGCUCCAAAAACUGUUGUCCAUGGCGACCACUCCAACCCUCUACUCGAAAACCCACCAGUAACUGCAACAGUGGCUCUAAAAGUACGAGGAUGUGGUCGAUUUGGAGCUUAUUCAUCACAACGCCCUCUCAAGUGUACUGUGGAUGGUGCUGAUACCAAGUUCGACUAUAAUGAUUCAAAUGGAUUAGUAACCGUCAUGGUACCACUGGCUCAAGAGGAGAUGUACAAGUGGUCUAUUGAGAUCAUAGUCUAGAGAUGAGAUGUCUUGAAAUGUGUUGAUUAUUUAUGAGUUUUCACUCACAUUAGUGAGCAAAUUCUAUAUGUAUCAGUCAAGCUAAAGUAUCAUUAGUUAUGAGUGUCUCUUAAAAUGGUAACAAAUGUCAUUUGUUGGCAAUAAAGGAGCUAUUACUUGUUAUUAAAAA